AUGGAGGUUUCGGGAAAGAAGGAAAAUAAACAUCAAGUUCAAAUUUCAUCUUCGGGGUCAUCUCAAAGUUGUAAAGUAUGUCAACCUUGUAAAGCUGACGGUGAUAGUUUAGAAGCCGAUGGUUUCUGUCAGAACUACUGCCAGGAGUAUCUUUGUAAAACGUGUAUCAAAUAUCAUCGCAAAGUAACUGUCAGUAAACAUCAUGCUAUUUUGGAUAAGGGUAAUAUGCCGAAGAAUGUUGAACCACAAACUAUCAAACAACUGUGUACUUUGACCUGCGAUAAACACAAAUUGGAGAUAAUCAAGUACUUCUGCAGUGAUCAUGAUACAGUUGGAUGCGGGAAUUGUAUGGUAAUUGACCACAAGGCAUGCAAGGUUGAGUUUAUCCCAGAUAUAGCUGACGAAUUCAUCAACGGCGAGGAAUAUAAAUCCAUUCAGGCUAGAAUCGAGAAACUCCAAACAAAGGUUGAUUCCAAGAAAAUGGCAACAGAGACAGGCCAGAAAGCAUGUGCUGAAGAAUUCGUUUCAGCAAUUCAAGAAAUCAAAAGAUUCCGAAAGGAGAUUGAAGAUUAUCUAAACAAUAUGGAACAAUUAAUACUAAAGGAAUGUGAACGUCUCAGGAAAGGAAAUGAAAAUGCUGUAACUAAAAAUGAGUGUUUUCUGAAAACUUUCAAGUCUGAUCUAGAUGGCAUUGCUGAAUGUUUAAAGUCACAGUCAAAGAAAACCACUGUCCUGUUUGUUGAAGCAAAGCAAACAGAAACUCGCCUGAGUGAUUUAGAGCAAGACAUGAAACAAAAUGUAAAAACAGCAUUUACUGAGUAUAAGUUUGUACGAAACACUGACUUGAACGCGAUGGUUUCUGGAAGCUGCCCUUUGGGAAAACUUUCUUCAAAGUCAUCUUGUUACAACCAUUCAAAGGAAUGCAGCAUUGCUGAAUUUGAACCUGUAUAUGAUGGUGAAAUCAAUGUUCAUUCAAAUACUGACAAGCAGAAUGUCAUUAUUUCAAACAUGCUUCUUUUAUCAUCAGACGCACUUUUAUGCAUAGAUAGAGGUAACAACUCUAUUAAAAUGGUAGACCUUAAACAAAAAUGUAUUUCAUCACAGAUUCUCUUGAAAUCAUGGCCGUGGGAUAUAACGUUCGCUGCCACCGACCAGAUUGCAGUUACAUUACCUGGUAUUGGGAAGAUUUGUUUCCUCUCAGUUAAAGACAAGAAACUGACACCAAUCAGAGAGAUACAAGUCAGCGGAGAAUGUAGAGGGAUAGCUCACUACCAGAAUACAUUAGUGGUAUCUUUUGUCAGUCCACCCAAGCUUCAAAUUUUAACCCUGGACGGAGAGGUUGUACGCAAUAUUACAGCUGGUACUUUAGGUUGGCCUGGUUGUGUAGAAGUUAACGUGUGUGGGAGUAGUUUCUUUGUAUCUGAUUUACACAAGUCUUCGUUGAUGAAAUUUUCGUUUGAUGGAAAAUUACUUGCCACUUAUCAGGACGAAAGUUUUAAGUAUCCAAGGUCAUUAACCGUUUGUGAGGAUGGUUCAGUUCUUGUAUGCAGCAGUAGAAAUAAUACCUUACAUCUAGUUUCGCAGGAUUGCAGAAAACUUAAAAUCUUGUCGAUUGAGAAAGAUAGGCUCAAUUGGUUGCAGUCUGUCUGUUUUAAUGAUGUAACUUCCACUUUGUAUGUUAGUAACCAUUCUGGAAACUCCAUCCUGGUAUACAAGCAGGCGUGA